AUCGCUGUACCAAUGCCAUCAUUAAUGAACCGGCCACAAUUCUCAUCGAAACUGCAAGUGCAUUAUUUUAUCAAAAAUUAAUAAUGAAUGCUGACAGCAGUAGCCGUACUCCGAGAGGCUCCGAAAGACGCCAGCUCAAAAAGAUACCAUAUUUCGCUGAUGAAGCGCGUGAGCGCGACCGAGUGCAGAACCUGCGCAAAAGAACAAGACGCACAACGCCACCAAGAGCUCCGAGGUAUGGACGCAGUCAACGCAGCCGAUCGAGAUCCCGUUCUGCUGAUAGAAGCAGAGACCGACUACGACGACAACGCUCCCGAAGUUAUGACCGCAGGCGUAGCCGAAGUGGCAGCUACAAAAAGGUCACUUCGUCAUCUUCAUUCUCGCGUCGCCGGCGAAGUCGCAGCCGCAGUCGAUCGCGAACCCCUCGCAUAAUAACUGUUCCUGUGCCAGUUCCUGCCGCCGACUAUAACUAUGCUUAUGGCUGGUCGCAUCCGCAUCCCCCAAGACAACACUACGAUCCAAUGUAUCCCCCGAUGUUGCCAUUUGGAAUGAAUCCCCGUCCACCACGGCCUUACUUUGCCCCAUAUCCGCAGUUUCCACCAUUUCGAUACAGAUCUGGAGCAUUUGGGGCUCGCCCACGAUUUAACUAUGUGAGGAAUGUGCGACACCAACCAAAUUGA